GCCCAGUUCCUGCACCCGUUCAUCGUAUAUUUUAGCCUCCAGUCCCAUAAUCGUCUUGGCUGCUCUUCUCUGCACUCUUUCUAGGGUUUCAACAUCUUUUUUUAUAGUGUGGUGACCAAAACUGGAUGCAGUAUUCUAGGGGUGGUCUUACUAAGGCUUUAUAGAGUGGUAUUAAUACCUCCCUUGAUCUUGAUUGUAUCCCUCUGUUAAUGCAAUUUAGGAUUCCCUCAUCUAAGUCAUUUAUGAUGUUUUUGAAUAGGUAAACAAUUAAUUAAUGGUUAAUUUAUUAGUAGCGUAGGGUCUCCUGCUUGACCAGGGGGGUUGGACUAGAAAACCCCCAAGGUCCCUUCCACCUGUGUUAUUCUGAUCAUAUUCUGGUUUUUAUUUUGAUAACUUUGUUUUAAGUUGGGAGUUGGGUGGCAUACAUAUCUGAUAAACAAGAAAGCAUAAAGCUUUGGAAUGUAUGCCAUUACAUUGUCCCAUGUCUUAAUUGUAUUUUACUUGCAUUUACAUUUCCUAUUAUAUAGGGUGCGGUCUGGUACUUCACUGUACCUAGCAGCGAGCCCCUAAAGAGGCCAGGAAACAGCAUUGACAAGGUGGGGAGCACCUUGGGGCCAGGCAGCUGGGAAUCAUAUGCCCGGGAGUCUGUCCUCAGCAACCCCUCCUAAAACCUCCUUGGAGCAAGGACCUCUUUUCCUGGGAGGAAGAAGGACCCUCCGGAGAUCAAAUCCCCUUUUAUCCUUGGCCAGAUACCGGAUCUCUCCUGCCCCCUCAUCUGCCCCAAUGGGGAGCACUUUGUUCCAAAAGGCUCAGCCAUCAAUGACCAAAGGUGACCUCCUCUUCCUCCUCCCCAUUUGCCCAAAGACAGCUGGCUCCAGAGGGAAGCCUCCUCCUGGGAGACAGAAGGGGCCAUUUGUUCAAGUGGAACCCAAGAACAGGAGCAGCUGGUGGGCUCCCUGCGGCUGUUCUCCAUCGGAGGCUUGCGAGGCCUCUGUCCUCGGUUCCAGCUGCCUUCUCUCCCCAGCACAGCCAGGGCCUGGCCUUGGCUCCCCAGUCUCCCGGUUAGCCCUCGGGGGUAGGAGCUGCUCUCCUCCCAAUGGGCUCUUUAGCUGCCAAGUUCCUCCUGCCCACCGUCAGCAGCCUGGCCUUCCUCCCCACCAUCAGCAUCGCAGCCAAAAGGCAGUUCCACAUGGAGGCCAUGGUCUACUUCUUCACCAUGUUCUUUGUCUUGGUCUGCCAUGCCUGCGAAGGCCCCGGGCUCACCUUCCUUUGUUUCAUGAAGUACGAUCUCCUGCAAUACUUCAGCAUCUUUGGAACCGCUUUAUCCAUGUGGGUCUCACUGAUAGCUCUGGCAGAGUUUGAUGAACCCAAACGAUCAACUUUGGUGAUGUUUGGAGUGCUUACCAUAGCUGUCAGGAUCUACCAUGACCGAUGGGGAUACGGCGUCUAUUCUGGGCCGAUCGGCACAGCAGUUCUCGUCAUAACAGUCAAAUGGCUGCAAAAGAUGAAGGAGAAGAAAGGGCUGUAUCCAGAGAAGAGCGUCUACACGCAGCAGGUCGGGCCCGGCUUCUGCUUUGGGGCCCUGGCUUUGAUGCUGAGGUUUUUCUUUGAGGACUGGGAUUACACCUACGUGCAUAGCUUCUACCAUUGUGCUCUGGCCAUGUCCUUUGUCCUCCUCCUGCCCAAAGUGAACAAGAAAGCAGGCAACGGGGGGGCCCCUGCGAAAUUAGACUGCUCAACUCUCUGCUGCUGCGUGUGAGGACUCGGCCCCUGUAGUGAAGGAUCAAGAGAGUUUUUCCAGGCCUGCAGAUGCAGCUAAAAGUAGUACCAUGGGCACCGUUUGCUAGGCCUGAAUUUUGAAGCCUAUCCAAUUCUGGAUUCCUGAAUGCUCCAUCGGGCUUGGCUUGGCUUAAAUAUUAUGUACUUCUGCUUUGUUUUUAAGUGAUUCGAAUAGUAGGGCCUCAAGUUGGCUUCUGAAGUACCAGUUGCUUAUAAUUCUAUUAAAGGAAUAGUGCACUACGUUACAAUGAUUCUCUUUUACCUUUGCAGGCCAAAGGUAAACACACCAGGUUGCUGAAAGAAAGACUAGCUUCCUUCUGUGGACAGUUCUUACAGAAAUCAAUUAACGCCCUGGUGUCUGGAGCCUUAAUUAACACGUGUUCACUUGCUCCGAGGGGUGCUUUGGAAAAAGAGGAACAUUCAGCCAGCACAAAAUGCAUUUGCUAGGCAAUGUCCCAAAGGUGCUAUUUCAGGAGGCAACUGGACUUUCUUGUUUUUUCUUUUGAAGACGUUUCGCUUCUCAUCCAAGAAGUUUCUUCAGCUCUGACUGGAUAGUGUGGAAUGGAAGGAUUUAUAUUCCUUGCAGAUAAAUAGCUGGUCAUUUGGAUCCUUUUAGAGGGUCGUUGAAGCACUUGAAGGUUAUUCUGUUUAUCUAUACAAUUUGGGAUGAACACCCUUGGAAUGGGGUGGGAGUAGGAAUUGAUUUCCAGAGGAAAAAUUGCAGACUACAGGAACCAUUUGCACCGCUCAGGUGACCCUGAGGACACAGAUAAACUUCCUAGUGGCCUCAGUGACUCUC